ACAGUGCAAAUAAUGGACUAUGACCCUCUUGACACGACACUGCAAUUUGCUGAAUGCGACAGAAUGCGCUGUGUAAACAUAACCAUCAAUGAGGAUGAAACACUAGAAAAUAUAGAGUCGUUCUUUGUCACUCUGGAGAGGAAUGGACUGGACAGUAGCAUCACUCUUAAUCCCACUCGUGCAGAGAUUGAGAUACGUGACGAUGACGGUGGGUUUGUUUGUAAUGAAAAUGAUAGUUUCCUCGACUUGGCCAAUGAUGCAUACAGGACCUGGUGUGGUGGGUCUGGAACAGACGUUCUACACGACCUCAGAAGGAGUUGGCACGGUGGAAGUGUGUGCAGUUGUCUACAGCCCCAAUGGGAGCCUUGCCUGUCCCAUUGACUUUGCCUUCAGUGUUGAACUACAGACGAGAGACGGUGAUGCAGUUUCUACCAUGGACUAUGGCUCCAUCACCACUACACUCCCGUUUGGUCGUUGUGAUACACGGAGCCGUGUGAAUGUGCCCAUCACAGACGAUGAGGUGUUGGAAGAUACAGAGUCCUUCUUUGUUUCUCUACUGAGGAACGGGCUGAAGAGUACAAUAACACUUGUCCCAACUCAAGGAGAGAUAGAGAUUAUUGAUAAUGAUGUUGCCGUGAUAGGACUGGAAAGGACUGUGUACUCUAUCCAAGAAGGCUCUGCUCGAGGAGUG